AUGGCCUUGAAGGUUAUAACGUAUAGGUGUUGUUCAGGGCCUGGGAAACAUUCAGCUUACUGCGGAUUGAGUGAUGUGAAGGCUUUAGAGCGGAAAUGGCUACCGAUCAUAAGCCGGAUGUAUAUGGAUAAUGAACGGAUUCAAAAUAAAGAAUUGCGUAACAGGCGUUCUUUUGUAUUGUCGAUGUUCCCUUAUCCGUCAGGAAGACUGCAUAUGGGGCACUUGCGUGUUUACACGGUAUCUGAUGUCUUAGCUCGUUACAAAAUGAUGUGUGGUGAGUCAACAAUAUAUCCUAUGGGAUGGGAUUCAUUCGGCUUACCUGCAGAAAAUGCUGCUAUUGAUCGAAAUAAAAUUCCACUAGAGUGGACAACAAAAAAUAUUCUUUCAAUGAAGCAGCAAAUGAAUGAAACAAUGUCUUUAGCUGUUGAUUGGUCAAGGGAGUUGAGCACCUGUGACCCUACCUAUUAUAAAUGGACUCAAUGGGUAUUCCUCAAGUUGUAUCAAUCUGGUCUAGCUUAUCAAAGUUCAUCUUACGUUAAUUGGGAUCCUAUUGAUAGGACUGUUUUGGCAGAUGAGCUCAUAGAUAGCCAAGGAUGUUCUUGGCGUUCUGGUGCAAAAGUAGAACGGCGUCCUCUACGUCAAUGGUUUUUUCGAACGACUGUUUACUCAAAGUCUCUUUUAGAUGGUUUGAAAGAUAUUGAAAAUAAUCAGUGGCGUGAUGUAGUACACUUGCAACGUGGUUGGCUUGGCAAUCUCAAUGGAACACAAAUGGAGUUCGAUAUACACUCAUCAUAUGAACAACAUAAAGCUAAUCCUCGUCAACAUGCUAUGCUUUAUUCAACUUCAAAAUAUGACCAUUCAAUGAACAGUAAUGUAACAGUGAAUGAACGAGUGGUUGUAUUUACAAGAUAUCCAAGUUUAGCUGUCGCUGAUCUAGUCAGUUAUAUAAGAGUUGGUCCAGAUAGUGUAUAUUUUGCAGAUAUGUAUCGAAAGGUUGAAGAAAAACGUGGCUCAAAUUUUAGUCGAAAGUUGGUUUUACAUUCUGAUUGGGAUAAUUUAAGUAAUGCCAAUAAAUUGUCUAUUGCAUCGUGUACAUCAGUAUCACCUUGGCCUGAAAUUUUGGAUAUAUCUGCACGUCAUCCACUUACAGGACGUUCUAUUCCAAUGAUUCGUGAAAAUAUUCCAUUACCUCAACAUUCCAGAGCUUAUCCAAAUGAGUUAGUCUUUUCUUUGAAUGGUCGAACACAAAAUCACCUCUCAGAAUUAUUGGAUUUACCGUUGCCUCCGGGAAAAUUAUUAUCUGAGAAAGUGGAUUUGUCUAAACUGAAUGAAGAUGAUUUGCAGCAGUGUGUAAUCUACACACCUAUAUCUGAGUCUGUUUUCUUAAUAUCUGUAAUAACAUGGUCUAUUUCAUUUUUAAUAGCUUCACGGGAAAACAGUGGUGAGUCUAUGCCUAAGGCUAUGCAAAUUCUAAAGGUAAAUGGACGUGGGGGUUAUUGGUGUAAUGAAGAUCGUACUGAUUGGUUGGUGUCUAGACAGCGUUAUUGGGGUACUCCUAUACCUAUUAUACAUUGUGAAACAUGUGGAAUAGUACCAGUACCAGAGGAUCAACUUCCUGUUCUUUUACCACCUCUAGAAGGGCCAUUAAAACGAGGCGAUGAACCUUUGAAACACAACGAAUCUUGGCGUAAGACAGUAUGUCCUAAAUGUGGUAACCCAGCCAAUCGUGAAACGGAUACACUGGAUACAUUUGUUGAUUCAUCAUGGUAUUAUCUAAGAUAUUUAGAUCCACAUAACAAUACAGCAAUAUGCGAUAUUGAGAAAGCUACUGAAAGUUUACCAGUUGAUGUAUAUGUUGGCGGCAUAGAACACGCUACUCGACAUCUUUACUAUGCUCGUUUUAUUGCGCAUUUUCUUCAUGAUAUGGGUAUACUACCAUGUAGGGAACCAUUCAAGAGUUUUCUUCCAGUUGGUUUAGUUAUGGGUGAGACGUAUAUUGAACCAAAUACUGGUCGUUUUGUCUCACCAGGACAUGUUGAUAAGAAGUAUUUAUCAGACAAAACAGUUCAAUACUAUGAAAAAGAGACGAAUUCACAACUUGAAAUGUAUUGGGAUAAAAUGAGUAAAUCGAAAUUGAAUGGAAUUGAUCCAACUGAAGUGGUUGAAAGGCAUGGUAUGGAUAUAGUACGUAUUACUAUGCUAACAAAUGUUGGACCACAUAGAGCACGUAAAUGGACCGAAGGAGAUGUAAUUCAAGGUGUUCAUAAUUGGUUGACGAAGCUGAAUCUUUCAUUGUCUGUUAUAAGACGGAUUAACGCAUAUUAUGAUGAAACAUUUGUGAUUAGUGCAAUUAUCUCCCGACUUCAAGAGUUAACAGAAUUAUUAAGAAAGUCUUCUAUGCAUGUUGGUGGUCCUGGACCGUCAAGUUUUUUUUAUAUUCGUGCAUUGGCUGAUCUCUUAGUGAUGUUCGCUCCAAUUGCUCCAAUUUAUGCCUCUGAAUUAUGGUCAGGUUUCCAAUUGGCGUGUUCAACUAAUGCACCUUCAUCAAUUCGUGAAAUUCUUUCUGUUCAUUCCAGUCAAAUGAUAAAUUAUGACAGUUGGUUAAAUCAAUGGCCAUACGAUUUGGAAAAACAUGUUCUUGAACAACCAUUCCCUAAACUCAUUAAACAAGAAAAUGGCAACAAUGUCAUCCAAGUAUUAAAUUUAAAAAAUCGUACAGCAUAUUGA